AUGACUUCUUCAUCAACAGUGCCUCCAUUUUCUAAUAGUCUGAUUAAAGUCUUCUUCUUUCCGAUGACUUUGGAUUCAAUGGCAAUAAUAUGUCUUCGUUUGGACAAAGAGUUGGACUCAAUAUUUGUGGACAUUUUGAUUGUGUCGGGUUCUGAAGACGCGGAGAAGAUUCAUAAACAUUACGGAAACGCAAGAGAUAUAGAAUGGGGUCUAAAAGGGGGCCAAAUAUUUAUGCUUCAGUCGAGACCCGUAACUAAUUUAGACAAUUCUUACACCGAUUACGAGGUUAUGCACGAAAUGGAUAGCCCUCAUCAAACAGAGUUUGAAAUCUACUCUCGAGCCCAUUGGGGUGAAAACUUUCCCGGCUCAUCAUCAUGGUUGGUCUUCACGUGGACUUUUGCCAACAAAAGCGGAUUCUUUCGCUUUGGUAUGGAAGACGGGAAAGUGACUGAAGACGACUACAAUCCUUACACUCUAGGAAUGGGUGUUCAAUACAAUCAAUUGAUGUUUAAUAUGACUAACGGAGGCUUUGAUCUAUUCAGUCAAUACCCUGAAUCAGAUCAGGCGAGACAAAUGGUGUUAGCCUUCUUCGGGCAUCAAAUCGACGACAAGGAUGUGUUGGAAUCGUUCAAAGAGCUGAAACAAGAAGUCAAAAGUCAAUCGUUUUACCACAAAGUGAGAGGUUUUUUCAAAAUGUUUCAUAUGUUGGUCUUCGGGCCGUCAGUACUGAUCCGAACAAAGAAGGAAUACAUCGAUGAUAUGAAAUACGAUUUGGUAGAGCGGCUGAAGGAGUUUCCCGACGCCAAGCGGAUUAUGACCGGCAUUAUUGACAAUUACGGGAUAAUAGCGAACGUUCAGUUUCAGAAUCACGGCCCGGCAUCCAUUGGCUCCACCAUUAAGCACCUGCUUCUCCACAAUGCACUUCAGGGGGCGAAGAAAAAUAAUCUAGAAUUGGAGUCGGAUUUCAAUCUAUUGAUCUCGUCGUGUAAUGAAGUGAUCAGCGCUGAAGUGCCCAACAGUUUGCGUGAAAUCGCAAAGUCUAUCGACGAUAAGCAAUGGUUCCGACAAUUGAGUGAUGAGAAGGCUUUGACGACUCUUAUGGAGGGCACGGAUGAGAGCUCCCGAAGGUUUAAGGCGUUUCUGGAGAAACACGGCCACAGAGGUUACCGAGAGUUUGAUCCCAUGCAUCUGCCGUGGGGUGACAAUCCUAUACCUGUGAUCAAAAAUAUUAAGGCAAUACUAUCGGGCAGUGAAUCACAAUUACACGGCACCUCAUCCUUACCGCAGCCUAUAGCUCAGCUGUCCAAGUAUUUCAUGAUUUGGAUGAAUAACAAACAGAGACAGGGAUUCCGUUAUUUAGCCAAACAGAUGGUUAGGGAGGGACUCAUCCCAACUGAGCUGUGUAAGAAGAUAGACUGCCGGCUUCUUUACCUCUCAAACAGCUUACCCUCGUCUCUAGGCUACUAUAAGAGCUUUCACUCUGUUGCCGCUUCUGAAAUAGGUUUUUACCUAUUUAUGUUCAAUGAAGAGUUUACUAAAGGACCAGAAAUGAAACCCAGAAAUUUUGAGGACCGGAUUAUACCUCCAGUUCUGACCUCAGCCCGCGAAUACGGGAUCCCGAGUCUGAUAGCAGUGGAGGGCGCGUGUCGUGCCUUCAGGACCGGCGAUAUCUGUCUAUUGGACACUAAGACACAGACCAUCACUAAAGUCGAUACAAUAUCGUCAACAAACACAUUAGACGAUAAGCCCGAUGCCAUCACAAUAUGGCCACAAACGGACACAAAACAGUCACUGCCGGAGAUCGAUGGCGAGUGCGGUAUCAAAAAGCGGUCAAAACUGGCCCGAGUUGUGGGCGGACACAACUCGACAUUCGGUUCGUGGCCGUGGAUGGUAUCGAUCCGGAGGUUGUCCUUCUUCAAGACGUCCAGUACUCACAAAUGCGGCGGCGCUUUACUCAACCACCGAUGGGUGGCCACCGCUGGCCAUUGCGUCCAAGAUUCGGUACCGCUUAUAUUAGGCAUCAACAAGUUUAUUAAACUUUGUAAUGAAAUCAAUUGGCAAUUGUUUAAGUAUUUCAAUGUUUUGAUACAAUUAUUGUGGCGAAGAAGGGGUCAGAAAAGUAACCGUAUUGUUAGACACGACGUCUGGAACGAUAGUAUACGAGACGCCGGGAUAUUGCCGUUCCCUCACGAGUGGGACUAUGAUCUGCCGUCACAGUUUACAUUAUCUCCAAAAUAUUUGAAACAAAACAAUGCAUUUGAAGACCGAUUCCAACAAUUCGGUCAAAUGAAAGGCACUUUCAAAGAGGAUAAGGAAGAGGAGAGACAAAUAUACUUCUGGGGAUCUAUUAGUAAAAAUGGAGGUAAAGGAAGUUCUUUAGCGGUUCUCAAGGGUUUGAGUGAAGAUUUAGUUAAAGAGAAGUACGAAAACACAUUCAAUGUUCCGAAUGGUGUUAUUGUGACCACAAAUGCUUAUCAAAGACUUCUUCGGGAACACAACGAUGUGUUGAAAGGCAUUCAAGACUUGGAAAAGUCGACUGAAUUGUCGACAAAGGAAUUGAAGAUUAAAUGCGAAAACUUAAUGGACUUAAUAUCGAGUCAUAAAUUACCUGAAGAUAUAAAACAAGAAAUAAAAGUGAAAUUAAGUGAGAAUUUCAGUGAUUAUGAGAAGAGAUUAUUUGCCGUCAGAUCUUCGGGCGCUUCGGAGGACUCGGAAGAGAUGUCAGCCGCCGGACAAAUGACUACUUAUUUAGGAGUCAAAGGAUUGGAUGAGAUGUACUCAUCAGUGAUGAAGUGCUGGUCUUCACAGUUCUCUCACAUCGCAUACGAGUAUAAGAGAGGUUACGGACAGACCAUUAAUACCCCGAUGGCUGUUGUGAUCCAAGAGAUGAUUGGCUGCGAAUCGGCGGGAGUUAUGUUCACUUGUGAUCCGAUUACCGGCGAUGAGAGGGUUAUUGAGAUUACAGGCAAUUAUGGAUUGGGAGAACGCUUCCACUUCAGUGAUAGUCAAGUAGAAAAAUGUGUCCACCGAUGAUUUUUCACUUUUUGCCCCAAAUUGUGA